AUGGUGCCACUCGCGGAAGCAGGCGCCCAGGCCGGAGGAGGGGGCCCUUCGGCGGAGAGCCGGCUUCAGGCAGAGGGGCCCCACGAGCGAGGGCGAGGCGGCGGGGUGCGGGGCUCCACUGCGGUUGCCGUGCCAGGGGGUCCGGACAGCAUCGCUCUGCACCAGGGCCGCACUGUCCUUCCUGCAGCAGGCUCUACAGCAACGUGGGGCCCCACUCCCCCCCCUCUCCCUCCUGAUGUGUUUUUUCUAGGGCUGCCCUAUGUCUGCUGCGGGUCUUGGACAGGUCUGGGACAUUUGGGAUUUGGGGAAGUGUCGGCCUCGCCUCCUGCAUUUGCAUCAUUCUUUUUCAGUCCACCUGCACGCGAGGGGCAGGGCACAGGCUGGAUGCAGACGCCGGACUCGACGUCGGGGAGGAUCCGCGAGCAAAUGGAGCGCCCCCUGGAGUCCGGAGGCGGCACCGGUCCUGCCCCUUGCGCGCCAGUCCGCCAGAGGUGCGCACCGCCAAGAGCCCCAGGACAGGUGACUCCUCUCUAUAGGGGAAGGGGAAGAGGAAGGCGUCGGCGCCUCACUCGGCUGGAGUCCCUUCUCCGUGGCCUCUGCCGCCCCCUGGCCCCGCCCGGGCUUCUGAGAAUCUGACUCACAGCCGAGCCGGCAUCGCUUCACGUCCUGCAACACACCCGGAGCGCGCGGAGAAAUGACAGGAUUGCAGCACGGCUAAUGCGCUCUAAUUACCCUCCGCGGCUGUCAUCCGCCUGCUCUGCAGCGCCGGGCCAGCGUACCGCAAUUAUGCCGGCCCUCCCCAGCCCUAGAAUCUGACCCUUCCCUACUCCCCUUACUCGGUCCCCCAUCCCAGGAGCACCAAUUUCGCGGACUGCCGCCUCCAACGCCCUCUAGGACUGACCUUAAGUCUCAGAAGACUGAUGGGGGUCCCACGUUGUGCAGGGAGCAGGGAAGUGGGACUUGGGGAGGUGGGACCUGGAACCUGAAACUGACCUCUAAGCCUGCUGCCCUGGAAGGCCUCUGCUGGAAGGAACUGGGAGAGUGGGAAGAGAGCAGGGACCCAGGUGGGCGGCAGGGACACUGAGGCCUACUUGGGAAACUGGACUGUCAGGAGGAAGGAUAGAUAGAGCCCGCAGGGCAACUGCAUCCCCAUUUUGCACCUGAAGCAGGGAAAAGUGAAGGCUCUCAGAAAAGGCCACCCAGCCAGAACUUCCGGGUCAGCUCAUUCACUGUGGCUUUAAGACCAGAACCACAGGCUCCUCCCCACAAUGGGCAAUCGCCUGUCUGCAAGGAAAGCAGAUUUCUCAGCACAGACCUGCAACCUCCCAACACCGCCCUCUUCCCUACUCCCCCACUCCCAUCGCUGACCAACUGUGACCAGUUGGUCACAGGGAACUGGGGAGUUGUCGGGGUGCUGGGUCUCCCUGUCUAGCAGAGGUGGGAGGAGGUCCUGA